GAAUAAUUGUUAAAUAUCAAAGUAAGAAUGAAAUGGGAAAGGGGGAAAACCGUUAGGUCCUCAGCACCUUCAAUAAUCUAACCCUUGUGUGUAGUACCACUAGGCAUGUAACUAUCUCUGGCAGCUACCAUCCCUAGUGUCUAUAUCUCCAAACAGUACUUUAACUGGUUCUUGGCUCUGUUUUACAUGUAUAGGCCUUGUAAAUGUUGUUUAAUUUUUCUAAGAUACUAAUACAGUCAGCUCUCUCUAAGACGGACACCUUUGGGACUGGCACUAAAUGUCCAUCUUAGAGAGGUGUCCAUCUUAUAGAGAGUCAAAAGGAGUAAAGAAAGGCAGGGACCAACUCUAAGUGUCCGUUUUACAUAGGUGUCCAUCUUAUAGAGGUGUCCGUUAAGAGAGAGUACAUGUAGACUGUAUUCAGAUUUGCUGAAGUUACGACAUGUGUAGAAGUUGAUUCCUUCAACACUCACCCAAUUAUGUUAGGACAACCCACACCUUCCAAAAGUUUUUAGUGAAAUUACUGCAGCUGCAAUCUAAUGCACUCUUAAAAAUGUCACUUAAAGGUGAGAGAACUCAGAGAGAAAUAAAUUUGUUUUGAGUAUAGGAGGAUGAACCCAAGAAGAAGCGCAAACGUCGCCACCGUGAACCUUAUUAUUAUGAUGCUAUGGAUGACGAGAGCGAGAGUGAGUCUGAAUCCGACUCAGAACCUGAGCCUGCUCCCCCUGGGGAGGAAAUGUCACCAGUGGAAAGUGGAAAGGAGAAAGAACUGUUGCCCCCAGGGGUGGAGGCUGAGGCACCAAGCAUUGAUGAAAGCUUAGUACCACCAGGUGAGUAUUGACAGAAAUCAGUUUAUUGGCAUCACUUGACAGUACCUUAUAUAUUAAGCAACUUUUGUUUACAGUAGACAUUUGUAAGCUCAUUCACACCUUGAUUGCCCUUAAUUGCCAUUGUACAACUUUGUCCCCUGUAAUACUGUAGUCUUGUGAUUCAUCUCCAGACAACCCUGAUGCCUAAUUUUUGCAGGGAUGACAUCUUUUGAACCAUACUUAAAUGGGUGUAAUUCAGUCAGAAAACUUGAGAAAAGUGAAAAAUCUUAUUUAACUUUGACCAGAAAAUUCCAUUGAACACCUUUUCCACUACCCACCUGUGCUACCAUGUAUAAACUAUUUCACGAUCCUUGAGGUUUUGGCAAAUUUCUUUUCCCUGAAGUGAAUAGACCCAAUUAAAUGUUGUGUAGAAAAAAAAAAAUUGGUGAGCAUAAAACAACCAAAUCUGCCCAUAAAAUGGUAGUUUGGGUGGAAAAGAUAACUGAAGGGGAUUUUUUUUUGCAUUGUAUUAUAAUAAAUAAUAAUGUUCCCUAGUCUAUCUACCUGAGAACCAUAGAAGUUUCUGUGAAAGUCUUUGGACAGGCCCUAAUGCAGUGUCUUUUUUAAAAAUUGUUAGUUGAUGUAGGGGUAGACGCACCUAAACCCAGUGAAGUUGAAACAAGUGAGCAACUUCCAACAAGUUCUUCAAAUUCUGAAAAGCAGCCAAGUGCCACAACAGAUGAAAGUAAGCCAGGUGCAGAUACAAAACUUUUCUGUAUAUACUCCAGAGGACUCCAAAUUCAAACAUUUAUUUUGUAGGGAGGCAGGGUAGCCGAGUGGUCAGUGCAUUGGACUUGUAAUCUGGUGACCGCGGGGUUUCAUCUGCAGAUGAACAAAAUCUCUGCAGAGUGCACGUAAAUUUUCUUAACCAACAAAAUAACAUUGUUCUGAAUAUAAGGAAGCCAUCGGUAUACCUACAUGUCCCACACCUAAUUGUAAUGCAUCAUUGAUAGAGUCCUGCCACAUGAUUUGUUGUACUAAACUGAUGACUCAGUUGGACAUGUGCCGUUAUACAACAACCUUUAUGUCCUUUCAGUGUAAAGUUAUGUGCAAUUCUCCUCAAGAAUAAAACUAGAAAUAACUCUUGAUUCUUGACUUUAUUCCCUACAAAAAAGUCUGUCACUUGACUCCAAGGUUUCAUAGCCACGUCUCUGAUAUUAAUUCAUGUAUUAUACAGAUUCUGGUGAGCCUGCUGUAGGAUCCACCCAGCCUGAAUCCAUCAGUGGCAGUAAUGGAGUAUCACAAGGAGGAAAAACUACUGAAGUGGAAACUGCUGUAAAUCCACAAACUUCAGGUACUCAUACCUUUGAAUGAAACUAGUCUUGUUUGUAAUGCAGAAAAGAUGUGAAACAUAAUAGUCUAUUAAAACCAUUAUGUUCAGAUUACUGUUAUUUUGAUGUUUGGGUUGCAUGUAGGUAUAUUGGGUAGACCUUUUACGAAACAGUAUUGCAAGUCUUACAUUUUCUAUUUGGUAACCUUAACAGAAAUUUAGGAAUUCUGUUUUCUCCUUUUAUAAUCUACAUCACUCUUGGCCAAGCUCCAUUCUGGCUUUUCAAAGGCAUACCUUUGAAGUUUCUUUUUCCUAUCUUGUUUGUUAUGAUGUGUAGCUUAUUGUAUCAUGCAUGGAUCAGAUCUAAACUUGGUAAUCAAAACAUGAUUGAAUUUUUUUCAACAGAUGACACAGCUGCCGACUCCACCCAAGACCCAAACACCAAAGAAACCAAACAAACGUUCCCUGCUGAGACCAGCAGUAUUGAACAGGCCGAGUCAAGCAGCUCUUCUGUCGCCCCUCCUGAGAAGGACUCUGAUUUGGUUGGUAGUACUGUCAAUGGUAACAAUACUGUGACCGCAAAGCACCAGGAAGCUGAAAUGAUCCCUGAAUCCAGCAGCGAGGCGCAGGAGAAACCAGAGACGCCGGUAGUAUCUUCAAUGGAGGCAGAACCGUCCAGUCUGGCAUCAUCUGCUGUAGAACCCUCUACACAGGCACUGUCUUCUGAAGAGGUAUACCUUGAGGAUUCUAACUACAUGAACAAAGCGCAUGUAAUAUUAUUCUAUUGUUAUGAAAUCUGAUGUUGCUUCAUAUACCCAAGGUUAUGUAUUUCAUAUACACUGUUCACUGGUGGCCAUAAAGACACCUGAAGGAGGGUCAUAAGAUCUCUUUCAACAGAUAACCCACCCUACCCAGGAAAGGUUGGCCAUAGAACUGGGGUCUACAUCCCCUACUCUGCUCGAACUGUGGUGUAGGUUCUUUGUGUCUCAUAAGACAAGUGAACUUGCUUUGAGACGGGACCUACAGUUUUUCGUCCUUAUCUAGAAAGUCUAAACCAUUUGCAAAAUUCAUGUCACUACAAAGGCAGCACUUUCUUUUCAGCUAUUCAAAGACCCUGAGGGUUGGUUAUUUAAAGAAAGUCUAACUUAGACCACGGUUUAGGAAAUCUUUCAACCUGCAGAUGUCUUCCUUAGUGGGUCAUUUUAAGAAGAUGAAUGCUUUUCUAGUCUACACCAUAUGCUUUCAUGAAACUGUUCACAAUAAAAUUAAAAGUGGCGUUUACACAAAAGCGUUCGGCAAACUGAAAAUGGCUUACAAUGGGGUUUUGUUAAACACUGGUUAAACUCUUUUCUCCGAUUACUAUGAGCUUGACCCCAGAUACUUUCAUACGAAACAACUCGAAAAUGAAAUCAAAAGAACUUCCUUGUUUUUCAAUUCCCCGCCUGUUAAUUGCAUAUAACUGUCAACUUGAAAUCUCAGUGACAGCCCUGGUUCUGUAUUUACUGUAAAUCUAGAAACCAGAGCAAGUUGAUUCAAACAAAGUUGAAGAGGCAAAGGAGGAUUCCAACAAGUUAUCAGAAAAGAAGGAAGCUGUGGAGGAAACUACUCCCGUUAAAGAAGUAGUAAAAGACAACAAGGAAAACACAACUGAAGAGAAAGAGAAAGACACAGCUGAGGAGCCAAUGGAGACUGAUGAAUCAAAACAGUUGUCAACUGUAGGAGAACCUCGCGCACUUCACAAAACAUUCUCUUUGUUCAUGAGGAGUGUACCACCAGGAAUAUCAAAAGCUGACAUUGCUGCAGUAAGGAGAUUUAUUUUUUAAUGUGGCUAAAUAUCAUUUAGGCAAAGUUAAACUCGAGCAAGUUGGCCAGCAGUCUUCUCCCACUUCAGUAUGUGACCUACGGGGCGGCCCGCGGGGAAUUGCAGGGCUCCUUGUGUGCCCUUAACGAUCACAACGAAACGUAACAUCGAAACGAACGACUAACAUCGCCUUCAUUUCUUAGCCUUCUUGCAAAUCAGUGCGGAUUCUUGCUGAUAGUCGCGGAUCAAUGUUUGCCUUCUUGCGAAUCAUUGCAGAUACCUCCUCUCUGCUUAUUGCAUUUGGCCCCCCACUAACCUUUAAGGCACCAGUUCCCAAGCUCAUCAUUAGCGAUGAGUUUAACUCACAAAAUCAGUUAUGUGAGAGCAGAUAUGAUCCUUGCAGUUGAAUAAACAACCUAAGCAGUUGAAAAAGAACCUGCGAGAUUAAUAUCCUAAUAUUAAAUUCCUAAGUGUGACCAUUCAAAUGAAAGCUACCGAAAGCUUAUCUCUUUUGAAACUGUGUAUUUGACUGUCGAAGUUUAUCCUUACUCUUCAUUCUGGAUGAAAUUGUAUGGUGUGACAAGCAGUACACUUAUAGUCUUGAAUGUUACCCUUUUCUGUUUCAGAUGUGCAAGAGAUUUGCUGGAUUUCUUCGUGUUGCACUCUCAGACCCGAGUCCUGACAGAAAGUAGGUGUCUCUCUAAUUUAUUAAUCAUGCAGUCUUUAAUAAUUAGGGUCAGGUUUGUUAAGUUUUGCUUUUUUGCCAACUCUUUGAGUCCUCCUAUAGUAGGUGGGUCCAUAGUAUCAGGAGGGGUAGAGUGGGCUGGAACCUCCCAUUUGAAUAGUGCAGAGGUUAAAUAAGCCCCCACCUCCAGUCCCCUUCCCCCCUUAUUAUUCUUGACAAUGAAACAAAUAAAUUAUAGAGUAUAUCAAUUAAGAUGACUGUAACACUCCAUGUGCACUGAUCUGGUAUGGUUCAUUUACGUGCUGAAAGUUCAAAUUUGUUUUUUCAUCUUCCUUCGGCUUCAUGACCUCCAAGCGUUUCCACUUUGCAUUAAAAUUCUUUAUUGAAAAUUUAUACCAUCGUCUUCGCUUAAAUAAAUAAGCCCCCCACCCCCCUCCCUCAUCGUGCCGGGUGGGCUUAAUUAGAGCAUUAGUUAGGGUAUUAAUGUGUGAUUCAGCCCUUAUUCGUGGCUCACAAUUGUGUUGCUAUUGCUGGCAAUGGAAAAUGUAAAAAACAUUGUCUAAUUGUCUCUGUAGGUUCUUCAGACGGGGGUGGAUCACUUUUGACAGAAGCGUUAACAUAAAGGAAAUCUGUUGGGAGCUAAAUAACUUAAGAGUGAGUUUUCCUUUCCUUUUUUCUUUUUCCUUUUUUUUAAAUAUCUGUAAAUCUAAUGAAAUACCACGAAACGAAAGCAUUUUAUUUCUUUUUCCUGUGAAGGUGAAAGAUACAGAAUUGAGUCCUGUUGUUAACAGAGACCUCUCUCGGCGAGUUCGCGGAGUUUCUGGUGCCGCUACAGCAAAGCAAGUUAUCCGAGAUGACAUUAAACUUGCUGCAAAGCUCAUCCGGGAACUGGACAAAAGAGCCGGCAUCUACGAGAAAGAGAGUAAAGAGGAGACUGAGGCGAGAGAGAAAGCAGAGAAAGAAGCUGCUGAGGUAGGCUAACUACUCUGACCAAUCACAAAACGCUGCACGUGUUUGAAUGAACCAAUAAGAUCCUGAAGUAGCGACGUGUAGCCGAUGCAAAGCACGGGAAAACGCGUGUUAGCGAGUCGUGUGGUUUUGGCUUUCCUUCCUUAUUCAGGGUUCUAUCUAGGGUAUUUGAGGGGUAGAAGCUUCCCCCCAAAAUGCCCAGCUUCCCCCCAAAAAAUAUUGUUGUCAUUACAGUAUAUAAGUCACUAUAUCGAAAAAAUCAUCAAGACGCGACGAGGUUAGUGCACACACUGUAACAUUUCUCAAAAUUUAGUCUCAAAAUGCACCAGAUUGCAUCUCAGCACAUAUUCAUUUCAAAAAAUUUUCGGGUGGGGGACCCCUCUAAGAGGCUUGUCGCCUUCGGCCACUAAGGACUUCUCCCCCAAAUUGAUAAAUCCUAGAUAGAACCCUGUUAUUGGUCUAGAAAGUGGCGUGUUAUUUUUCUAGCCAACCGCAAUGGAAAAUCAAGGUAAUUAAAAAGUUAACUUCGACACUGGAUUAAAAAUCGCUGUAAUAUAGAACCGAUUUGGAUUUAGACUUUCUAGUGAAACGGGAUAGGUGCUAUUGAGGUCUUAGCCUAAGUGCCGGCCGAUGAUAGGCGGUCCAGAGAGUCUAUUUUGGUGCAGAGUGAGCCAUAUCUUGGUUUUACUUACAAUCCUGUGCCUUUUGAAGUUUUACUUUAUGCACAACGCAAAGCAAAAAACACCCCUUGUAAUUUUGACAGCAUUACGAGAUUGUACGGUCUUUGGCCUUGUAAACUACUUUUAAAUUUUCACCUCUGUUGAAACUGGUCGGUGAAUAAAACCUUUAAACACAGAAACAGGUUGAUAAAUUAAGUUCGCCUUGGACUCACUCGUUCUUUUCUGCUCGGCAAGAUGCGACUGUUGCUUAAGAGUAAGAAGCUGGGUUGUUGAAUAUUUUUCAGAAAACAGAAGAGGGCGAAGAGUGCGAAGCCAAGCCAGCUGACGACUCCGACAUACCAGACCUCCCCAACGAAAACCCCAUCCUGGCCUCGCUUUCAGAAGACGCGACCGAGGAGGAAGGAGGCGAGGAGAUGGAGCUCAUGGGAACGGCCUCGCCAACUCAAGGGGAGUCUGGUGACAAGCCUGAGGUGGACCUAUCACGUGACAGUGGAUUGCUGCGCGUAUUGGAUCGUUUAGUUUUGUACUUGAGAGUAGUACAUUCGCUGGAUUACUACAAUGGCUUGGAUUACCCGUAUGAAGACGAAAUGCCCAACAGGUGUGGGAUAAUUCACGUGCGUGGAGCCACACCAGAAAAGUGCACGCUGGCUGAAGGUAUGACGUCAAACUUUUGUAAUCAAUUAACUUAUUACCGGACUCGACCCUUCAUACUAAAUUUUCUAGGACGCGUUUGAUGAUGCGUUCUCUUAGCUACACCGGUCUAGCAUAAGUAUACCAUGUACACCGUACGCAUUGCUAGAUUGGAUUUUAGAGACCUUUAGUUUUUUAAGACGAGGAUGACUAGGAAUACGAGAUUUUCUCUAUACUAAGUAGUGCGCUUGCGUUAACCAGCGUGCGUCAUUUCGGCGGGAAAACCUGGUAGCUGUCGUCAUUCUACGACGAGUUUUAGCGAGAAUGUCGUAGUGGCGGAACAAGUUAUCAAAUGUUAGAAGUUUUACCAUUUUGCGGUCGGGAGGGGGCUUCAUCUCCUUCAAUAAAAAUAAACGUGUUAACUUUCAUGGUGAAAAAAGUAAAAUGAGGCUUUUCGGGGUGUUUGCUUUUUUAAAGAGUAUGCGAAGAAACUUGAGUCAAAUCUUGUCGUCGUAGCCGUCCUCAUCAUCGAAUCUAAAGGUCCCUUUUUACGGCUUGUCCGGUGGUGUUACGUUCUGCGCUGAUGUUAACUACGUGUGAACACCACUAAUUUUUAUUCAAAAAUCUUGGUCUCAUUUCUUAUUAGUUCAAGAAUGGCAGAAGGGUUUAAACCAGAGGCUUGAACCAUUUUGGCAAGAAAAAGAGUCGUUGAUGGACGAAGAAGUUGUUAAGCUCGGCAAAAAAGAUCCUGAAGCAUAUCCUUUAAGUAAAACAGCAUAAUGUUAAUCAGCAGUUGGAUAAACACAGUUUCUUAUAACCGUGUCAUUCUGUCGUGGCAUUUAGGAUGCUGCUCUAUAGGUUAACUUUGCUACUGAAUAUUUUUAAUCUUUCUUGUAAAAGGGAAUCGCUGUCCAACUUUUCAAAGUGAUACCUUAAAAUUGUCGUCAGUUCCCUUCCAGUAUCCUCACUUUAGCAAAUCAUUACUACGUUGGAGAGUGCGCCAAGGAAAGUAAACACCUGGAUUAGUUCCUCGUGCUGUUUAUAUCAACACCUAAGUAAAGCGUUCCCUGAGUUUUAUGGCCUUAACAUAGAUUACUGAAACAGAGAGGUUUGUUGAAGCUAACACUCAGGAAUUGGCAAAAGAUAAGUGGCUCUGUCCUCUCAGCGGAAAGAAAUUCCGAGGGCCCGACUUUGUUAGAAAGCAUAUCUUCAACAAACACAUGGACAAAGUGGAAGCUGUUAGAAUGGAGGUAAGUUCUGCCGCCCCCUUUGAAAGAUCAGCAACGCGUACCAUGUUUACCGGUUACUCGAAGGUGGUCUGUCCAGAAAAUGGCUCAGUUUGCGUGGGGUUAUUAUAGACAGAAUCUCGUGAAUACAGAUAUACAAAAUUUCGUUGUAAAUACACGAGUCUCUGUCAAAUGCCUGCAUUGCGUUUUAAGCCUGAAAACUUUGUUGUUCUAUAUCAGAUCAUUUUGUUUUAGUUUUCUCGCUAAUUUGCAAUGAGGUCUCAGGACUUAAAACUUUGCGCUGGCUUGCAGUAGAAUCCCAGAUGUUAUCAUCAUUGAUAUUUUCUGUGAUUUCUAGUGAAAUUUAAAUGGUAGUUAAAAGGAUUUCCCAAGAAAAAAGACUGCUAAGGCCUCCUAAAAUAUGUUUCAGUUUCUUUCUUUUGUUUGUCGCACAGUUGGCACCAAACAUGGAUAUUUUUGUUCCAUAGAUUUGGUUUAAUUUAUAUCCUGUGCUAUAUUAAAUCUUACUUUGCAACACAUGGUCAAAACAUCACUUGUAAUGCUGACUGUGUUACAGAAGUGUACGGACAAUUUACAGCCAUUAAAUGUCCUUGGCCUAUCAAUACUGUCUGGUAAAGAAAACUUAGACUUGGCUGUCAAAUGUAAGUUGCAGCUAUAUUUCUGUUAAGUGGCCCCUCUUCUUCUCAUUUUAUGAAAUGCACCGUUCUCUUAACAAUAAGCCUUUGUUUGACUCUUCCGCAGGCGGAAUUCUUCAACAGAUACUUAUCAGAUCCCAAACGGCCACAAAUGCCUGAGGCUCCAGCAUCACAGAGGCCGCCUGGAAACCAGAUGGGUCAAAUGUAUGGACAACAUCAACACUCACAAGGCAUGAUGGGAUGGGGACCUAGACCCCAAAUGAUGAUGUACGGUAAGUAACAGGAAGUUUACUGGCUUGCCUGAACCGAGCAUGCGCCUUUUUGAUGCCUUCCACUGAGGUUAGAUUGAGAGUAUAAUACAACGAAGUAGUGCUGCCAGAGAGUCUGGCGUACGAGACAGUUGAUGCAUGCAUGAGAAAGCUGUGGUCUGGUGAUAAGGACGGGUAAAUGUGCCAAGUUAGGGAAGUGUGUCCCGCAUCCCUAUGAUCAAGUGAAGCUUUGGAUAAAAUAUUACAUUGGUUUGUAUGAAAUUGUCCACCCCAACCUUGAACUUUUUUCAUUGUGUGUAACUCUCUGAAGCGUAACGCGUGAAAAAUCUAUUGAUUUUGUUUUUGAAUUUUAGACUGUACAACUUGGCAGGCCAAGAAAAAGAAACAGAGUACUGAUUCAGUUUCUCUUAUCUGUUGUCAGGUCCCCGUGGUCCUUAUACUCCUCCAAGCUACGGGGGAUACGGACAUGAGAUGUACGGUAGAGGACACACAUUUCCGCCAAAACCACGAAGGUAACAAGAAGAAAGGCUAAUUUUGGGCCCAUCUUUCUCUCAGGAAAGCACUCCGUGUCCCUUCCAUAAGCAGCAGUUAAUGCUCGCCUUCCGCGAAACGUGCUCUUAUGAAUGACACUCAGGGUGUGAUUCCCUGAGAGAAACGUUGGGUAACUUUACUUUCACCUCCAUGGCGCUCGAGAGAAGAGGGUGAAAGGUAAAAUAACCCGCACGAGGACGCGAAUUAUGCACUUUGUGUUCUCGCGCGCAAUAUUUUCCCCUUUUCCCUACCCUCUGGGGCCCGUUUCAUGGAGGGAGGGUACCUUGCUCUAUUGUUGUUUUAGGGUGGGUGUUGUUAGUCAAAUUCCAUGGUAACACAUCAAGAUUCCUUUAUGAGUUAAUUGGCCAGUCGUAAGAAACGUCCAAAACACAAGACAGUCAGACGUCGAGAGAGAGAUAUAAUACCCAGUGACAGCCGACGAUUCGCUUGAAUCCGGGCGGUCUUCAAAUAAAAACUGUUAAUUAAACGUGGUUUUAUUGUAGAUUUGGGUACGGUGGUGGAGGAAGAAAUAAAGGAGGUGACAGGUUAGUUGGAUAAAGCUUUUUCAGGGCGCUCUUCAGUCUUGGUGGAGAGCAGGAACUUCCGAGGACAAUAACGUAGCCUUAAGCCGUGUAAAUAUUUGAUUCAAACACUUAAAAUAUUUCAUAAGGAAAAAACAAACAAAAAAAAUGACGUUUAAUGAGUGUCUUUAUAUCUGAUAAAGACACGGCUAAACUUUACGUCCAACUUUUCACGCCGCGACAAAAAGCAUGGGCGAGAGGGAAACUGGGCCGAGUUAACUCUCGCCAAGACUUCUGGGAUCGUUGCUAAGAACGUGUCAGUCAACUAUUGGCCAAUUUUAUCCCAUGUGACUAGUAACCGUCCCUUUUCUUCUGGUUUCUUUUUUUGCUUACACCAUUCUAAUGUACCCAAGCGACACUGAUGUAAGUAAACACGGAAAUAGACCGACCUCCCGAUUUUUCUGGGCGUUCUUUAUGAGGCAAUCUUUUGUAAGAAAAGCGUGGAUAACAGCUAUGAUAAUAGUUCAGAUAUUUCCAUCACACCUUUGUACUGUUAAUCAGUAGCACCUCUAACGGAUAAAAUUUCUAAGAUUUGAUGCAACAUGAAAUUCACUGGAAGUGAUUGUACUGAUGGAAUCCACUUAGAGUCACUUGGUCUUGUGUCUUGUUGUACAUGAAAGUUUUUUUUAACACUUUUAGUCCUAAUCUCAGGGAACCCGAACGCUGUUUUAGCUUGAUCACAAUAAGUAUGAGUCGUGUUAGAAGGGAUUUAUAUCAGAUCGACGACAGUUUACCUGAAAAUAGAAUGUGGGUUAGCGCAGAGCAAGUGUUUAAAGGGGCUGCCUACGUUACGAGGAUAUUGCUGUCUUAGGUCAAUUCUGGGAUCACUUUACCUUUCUGUGAAACUGCCCACCUACCCCUCCCCUAAGCCAACAUUAAGACUUACUUCUCACUUAAGGCAAAAUGUUGGCUUAGGGGAGGGGUAGGUGAGCAGUUUCCCAGAAAGGUAGAAUGAUCCCAAUUCUGUGCUUAGUGCCUUUACCCGCCCAUACACAAUGCUCCUGUAGAGUUAUGAAGAAGAUAUCAAACAGUUUUCACCGCCGCAGGAUUAGCUCAGUCGGUAGAGCGCUUGACUGCAGAGAGGGAGGUCGCGGGUUCGAUUGCCGGAGGCGGACUAAUACUCUGGGUCUUAAAAUAAUUGAGAAAUGAAGGUACUCCCUUUGCACGGCAACAGGUUAGACCUUCGCGUGGCUCUGAUGACCACGUAAAAUGGCGGCCCCGUCUCCAGUAGGAGACGUAAAAAUAGUGUCCCCAAUUAGUAAUUUUCAUGCUAAAUACAUUGACACUCAAAUAAUGGGCAUUCAUCAAGGAGCAGUAACGUUUUCAAGUUUCAAUCCAUGUUGAUCCUUGCCAUCCGUAGCCGUGGACGGCAGCAAACACUUUCAAUGCCUAAAUAUAGUCUUAAAUAACGAAACUGGACCAUUAUUUUUGGAACUCGAUUGAUGACAAGACACGUUUUAGGUUUUUAAAAAGAUAGCAAAUAGCGUGACUGACAUAGCCCCUUUAAUUAUCUGUUUAACCCUUUAAUCCCCAACAUCAACAUGCCUCUUCUCCACACUGCUUUUCAUACAUUCCUAUGGUACUGCUAGAGAGAAUUUGUUCUAACAUCACAACAUUCCAUCUUUAAUGAUCAUUUCAGUAAUUCUCAUGACCUGUCUGUUUGAUCAGGUAGUGUUGUUGUUGGGAGAAAUUGGAUGUGGGUCACUAUUGGGGCUUCAAGGGUUAACUCGCUUUCGUUCUCAAAGUUAAAGUCGGAGUCCUGUAAUGUGGCUCUAACGAGUGAGUCUGCGGUGUGACCUAAUUCAAGUGAAACCCCUCUGAUAACACUUUCACAAGGCAUUAUUUAGUUUUUAGCUUUUUACAAAAAUGAAAUUUGGAAUAUUUGUCUUUGAUCGAUUUUGGCCACUUCUUGGAGUGGAAUGAGUGGUCGAAAAUACCAGAAGGAAAAACUUUGCCAAGUGUGAGGAACAUAAAAGUGCCAGAUAACUGCCAAAAUAAUAAGAGUUUGCUUGGCAAAUUCAAUAUUUUGUGGCCAAAAGCCACCAAAUAAUAUUUCGUGGGACAAAAAGAUUAUACACUCUGUAAAACAACGUUUUGGGAGGCAGUAACACAACCAUUUUUUUUUCUCGCAGAGGUUUUCAUCGUGACCCAAGAACGAUUAUUCAGUACAAAGACCUGGAUGCACCAGAUGAUGCAGAUGCUUUCUAGACUGUACCGUUUGCCUCUCAAGUAUCUCGCAAUAAGCGAAUCUUGCGCUCUUGACAGCAAUGUAAAGGAUGUCCAACGUGGUCAUUUUUCCAUACUGUACAAACGCACGCGGACUGAAAUGGCGUCCCAAAGUAUAGGACUAUUUUUCACUAACAAUUGCACGCAAGAGUAGAGUGUAGUGCGCUUGAAAUGCUGUCUUAGAAAUGAAUAUUUUCGUUCUGUACAAGGCUCAACUUUUUUGUAGAUAUUAGACAGAUUAAAACAAAUAACUCAUCAAACAACUGUUCCAUUUCUGCCUGUUUAGGUAGGUAAUAUUUAUUCAAAGGGCAAAAUGGCGGAUUGGGGCUACUACGUAUAGCACGAACCAGGCUUCUCAAAAUUUGGAAACCAGAAAGAACAUCUGGAAAUAGCCUUCGAUCAGGCUGUCUUUCUUUCUUUCUUUUUAGCCCUUAAACUGGAAAAAGGAAUGUAAUUUUUGCAAUCAAGGAAACUCUCUAAAUGUUUUCCCAAUUUUUGAUGGUCUUAAAGUAAACAAAAUGAAUGAAUCAUCACAAAUCUUAGGCAACAAUUUAACGGGGCACUUGUGUGAACCGGGACCGGAGACUAUAAUUUUUGUGUGAAUUAUGCACCAUGUUAGUUAGUCUGUACACAGACCUUUUUUUUUUCGUUUUCGACAAUCGGCGAGCGCGGAGGGCGAGAAAGAAUAAGAAAGAACAUUCUCUUCUGUCCCCACCCUCGCCCACUACCGCAUGCUCUCGCGGUCAAUAAAUCCCCCGCGGUUUUUCAUUCUGUAUGCGAACUCAAAGGUUCCUUAAGAGAAAGUAUAGGGUCUGUGAACAGGCUACGUGUUACGCAGUAACAUGGUCAACUGGGGCGUUGCAGUAACAUCAUCAAAGGUGCUAAACUUUCUGAUCAUCGCUCAAUUACUCCACCCAGACUCCUACUCGACUUUGAAUGAUAGUUUUGCUGAGGACUUUGAUCAAGGGUGGAGCGCACGUAGCCGGCAUCUAUGCAAAUGUACUGGAACAAAAGGAAGCGUUGACAUAGGAGGAGUUCGACUCCCACAGCCCCAGGAUUGGCUUAGUACACCAACAUGGCCUCCAUUUCAUUGAAUACUGAUCAGUAAGUCCGAAAAAAGUUAGAUUUGCGGGACGCCAGCAUGAUAAAUAGAACAAGAUUUUGCUGCUGUAGCUUUUCAAACAAUUGUGUCAUUGUCAUAAAUAAUCUUCAUCACCACGAAUGCCAGCGAAAAUAAAUUGCAAUAUAGCGCGUGCACUUCAUCAACUUCUUGGAAGUUCGCCCACCGGUACACGCCAAAUCGCGUGCGGCAGAUAGAAAAUGACUGAAAUACAAAGUGUCACAAAGAAAACAUGCCAUCUGCCAUUUUGAAUAUUUAAAAGUUCUAAGAUACUGAACAUGCCUUCUUAUACCCAUUAAAAAAAAAAAAAAAAAAUUCGCCGUUCGAUGUUCUUGAAGAAACGCUAUUGUUGAAUCGAGCCUAAAUUUGCCGCCUUUGAUGCGUGUUUCUUUAGCCGCCGUUCUAAAUGGGUGAAAAAUCCUCUGAGCACGAAACCGCUGAUCAGGUUUGUUCACUCAAAAGGUGUCACUACUGACCCGGCACACAGUCAUCAACCCACAGACUAUAUAUAGCUAAACCGUCAAUUCGUGGACGCCCGGUCUUCAGUUGUAUUUUAUCUGACUCGGCAAUAAAUAAAACUAAAGCAACACAAAACAGAAACCUUCCCAAUGUUGAUUUUUAAUGGAGGUUUUUUAACCUCUAGUCACGCGCGUCAAUUAAAGAUCCAGAAUCGCGCCAAAAGAACGCGCGUGAAAAGUAAUUGAAGUAGUGCGUUUUGUCGACAUGGGAAGUGGUACAUUUUGCAUUUUAUUGACGUGGUGGGAAGUAGAGACAUUAAUUUCACAAACGAAAACCUAAGUAAAUACUACAAGAGAUGAUGCUUAUAUGGACUUUAUAAAGCGAAAAAGAUUGGUUAAGCAAAAGGGCGACCCAACUUGUUCCUUCUAAAAUAAAAAGUGCACGUUGCUCUCUACGUUAUUUUAACAUUUUGUAUGCCACAAGCAGAUUGAAGUUAAAUUCAUUCGAUCGCUUUACAACUAAUGUCGCAUCAGCAGAAAAUUAUGAACCCAUAUAUAAAGACCUUCUGCUUGGUAAAUACUAGCCAGUAUAUUAUGAGUUGCUAAGAUAUGUUUUCUGUUAUAAGAAUUAGUAAGCUUUAUUUGCUUGGAGUGUGUACUAGUUCUCUGUCACAACCUACGUCUUUAAACAAAAACGAUUUGGGCGGAUUUUGGAACCAGUGACAGCUAACAAGUUGGUCAUAGCUUGUAACAUUUCCAGACCGCAGAUGAAUGAUUCCGAAGGAGCUGGCAAAUAGAAAAAUGGAAACAAUAAUCUUUGAAUGAUAAUUCAAUUCUGACGGACACGCUAGCUAUAGUUGGAACAAGUUCAGGCAAACCUCGCAUUAUUCAGCCCCUCGUGAAAUAGCCAGGAAUUAAAGAGAGCGCCUCAUAAUUUCAACUACUGGAGAGACAUUAUACAAGCAGUUUAUUCGGCGAAAGGUACCGGUUUUUCUUUGAAUAUUAUUUUAAAUUGUAAUUUAGCGUCACUAAAUAUGAUACGGUAAUUAGUAGAAUGGUUUUGCUUUUGGAGUCGUUGUUUUCAGCUUCACUACAGAUUACAAUAGUUUAUGCAAUCAUAUUGCACUUCCCCUUUUCAUAUUCUCUGGAAAAAAAAAACUUUUAAAUUCGCAACAAAGGAACAAAUGCUGUGAUCUGGUGUUAUUCUUGUUACAAAAUAGUAAUUUCUCUAAGGGAUUAGUAUUGUUAUAUUCAUUGGCUCUUAAUGUCUGGGAGUUUAGCAACCACAUAGACCUCUUGUGGAAUGCGCUCUCCCAGCACGAAGUGCUUUUAAUAACACCCGAUCACUGAAAGAGUAUCAUAAAAGGGCAUAGAACAUUGUCAGCGAAGUAAAGGAAACAAAGCAUUAUCGCUGGCAAGGUUCAAGUAGAAUUUGGCUUGUACUAUUAAAUUUCAGGGGGAAGCCGCAGUAAGAAAAGGGCCUUCGGUUAUCGUGAGAUGUUAAGUUCCGUUUAGCAGCAUAAAUUAGCUGACAGUCGACAACGAAGACUUCAACUUUCUUAAAAAAAUAUCAAGAAACAUUGUAUUCAUGCAGGGCAACUAGGGAUAAAAAAGCCGUUCAAAUCUGAUAUAUUCAAGUUUCCCAAAAAAUAUUUCUGAUAGAAAAAAGUUAGAGUUUCAUUUAACUUUAAACAAAAAAAGAGAUACAGCCUGUAGUUGGCACCCUUGAAAAUCCUGAUUUUUAAAAUUUGUCUUUUAACAUUUUAAAGUAUUUUACAGCCCCUAUUCACUAUUACGUUUGAUAGGAUAUGUUAUCCAGCCUUUUAGCCAGUUUACGGGAGACAGUUUUCUUAUUCCUUUGUUAGAAAUGACAUUUAAUAAUCAUACCAUUUAAUUAGCUGGACCCCUUCUGAGUAUUCGACGGUAAGUUCGGCUCACUAGCAAUUAUAGACCUGUCUUAUUCCUAUUUUUUGCUAUUUGGUUGGCAAACUGACUCCAGGCACGCCAGGCAAAUUCGGGGAGUGAAACGAAACAGCAAAGCAAAUUAAGACUAACAAAAUGCUUUGGAAAGAUAACUUGAAACUUCUAAUUUAUUUUUUUGUUUUAAAUUUACGUUAAAUUUUCUUGAUGUAUAUAAAUGUCGAUUACAACUAGCACUUGACCUUACAGACGAGGACCGUUUCCUUGGGAGAAUCCAAGAUCAGAUCAUUGAUGUCAGCUUCUCUAAAUUUUGCUACAACGUAAGACACGAAAAACCCGAAAAUGGAUUGUUAAGCGUGCCAACAAUUAAUAUUGGAGGACCCCCUGCACGAACUGCGAGAGGAUCGAAGGAAGACAAACGGGUAUCGCUUAUAAUGGCCAUAUGUACUUGCUUCGGAACCGUACUCAAAGAAACACACGAAUCGUGAAUCCUAAAUAACCGGAUGAAUUCACUAGUAUGCAUUUUUUAGUUUCAAAAUCCGUUUAGGGACUUCAGUAAAAGAAACUUGAUGUUAAUUAAAUUCCGCGCCCGGCGCGCGUAAUUCAUCAAUAGUUCAUCCUACGUGGAACACGAUGUUUUAUAUAAAAAUAUAUGGUACUGGGAUCCUACAGAGAGUUUCAAGGUCUCCCUCAAUAAAAAAGCCGUCUAGACUUCUUGUUACCGUAAGACAAGAUAUUAGGUUCUUCUCCCGAGUUCAGCUGUUGAGUGUAAUGACAGAGUGAGCACAGAUACAGGGGAAGCAAAUACAAAGUCCACUUUUUUUUUUAAAAAAAGAUGAUGUAUGGUUUUAUUCGGUGAAGUGACAGAAGGUUUUUUACCUAUUGAAUGUGGUACACGUAGCUAUCCCAGCUUUGAUUAUAUUCAGUUGUUACAUUUACGUGUGUAAUUCUAAAGUCAUAAGACAGCAUUCUCUUGAAGUGCCUUUAAAAACUCGGUCGGGGAAAGCAACGUCUCCACAGAUGUUUGGAGUUCCUAAAAAAUUGCGCUUAACGAAAAGUAAUUUCAGAAUGACUCUUUAUAACUUGAAAUUUUCCUUUGAAAAAUUCUGUUCCCCUGGUUUAAUAUACAAAACAUAUAUUGUCGUCAUGAUUAAAAGUGCGCGCAUUGGUCAUUAAUAAAGAAUGCUUUCUGUCCAUUAUUGCACAUGCGCAGAGAGGGUAUAAAUUUGGCGCGCGUGGCCGGCGGUCAGGCAGGUGCAGGGGAGCGGGCGCGUGAGUGCGCAUAUCAAAGUUAGAGACUCGUCGUGAGAUAGAACACGAUACCAAACUUACAACGCAGCUAGGAACCUUUCACAGGUAAGAACUCUAUCAAACUAAAGCGAACUUUCCAUGGUAACUUGCGUUUCAGCUAGUUCUUGUUUUCAAGUUGUAUUCCGCUAGAGUGGAAGUGAACUCCGUAAUCCUGUUUACAAACUGGACAAAAUGCUCACGUUAGAAUUAGAGUGUGCCAUGCUGGCACGUAUUGUUCACGACAUUAAAGCUGGACAAACAGUUCUUGUUCGGACUAGACUUGAAUUGAACAACAUCUUUCGAUAAUAUUUUGCUAGGUCAUUUUAAAGCUCAAAUGAAGCUUUUUCUUGCGUUUAGUUUGUAAAAUAACAGUGUGACAACGAAUACGAGCUAUUAUAAACACUCGAGGAACUGCGGUGUCAACAUUCAGCAAAAAAGUUGAGCUCCCGUUAGCUAGCAGCCUAUCAUUACACUUACUAUACUUUGCAGAGUUUUUGUAAAUUUCUGUCCUUACAGUCGUUUGAAUCCCGAAGGUCUCUAAUUUUUCUUGUUUAUCGAAAGUUAAUAUGAUAAACUCAGUGAGGAUGCAAAUUACGCGCUUUGAUUCAGGCCCGGAGUCAAUGACAAAGGCGAAAGUGUUAUACGACAAGCUCAGAGCGCUUGGUAACACGAAUUGAAAUAUUUACAUAACAUAAGUACCUAUUUAUUUACAGGUUUUCUUUUCUUAGGAAAGAGUCCAAGUCAAAAUGCUGAAAGUUUUUGAAUCGGGACAACAGCGGAGUGAAGUUAGAAAAAACAACGUAACCAAAACCACUUGGGAAUUUACCCAACAAGACUUAAACUUCUUGCUUUUUGGAUAUUUUACUUCAAAGGAUGAGUAUGUCGGAGUUGACCAGGAUCUACAAGGUAAUAUUUGUUUAGAUAACCUAUCUGUCUCUUUCAAGUUUGAUUUUGUUUACCUAGUACGUGCUGUUUUUGAGGGAUUAUUGCAAUUCUAAAAAAGUCCAUUGUAGGAAAGCUUUGCCUAUAGUUAGGUUACAUGUUGUAUGCUUUGUCGUUAAUUGUGUUGAUUUUCUUUUGUUUUUUAUGUUGUAAUUAUUGCCACGACUUACGCUUUGCUUAGCGACACACAAUAGUUAAUCAGUGACUUACAUAGAAAAACAUAAAGGCGCAAGGAAGCAUAACGAACCGAUUGUAAACGCGGGACCUUCUAUGGAAAUUUUUAGCGUACUUGUUCUCCCCCGGGAAACUGUCAUUAACUCUUAUGCCCUCUUAAAAGGAAACAUUCUGUUGUAAAAGCCUUGUUGCUUGGGAGCUGAAAUUGGAUAAGUUAAUACAAUUGCUGUAAAUUGAAUAGCAAGAAGCGAAAGCUUUCAAGAAAGAUUGAAAGCGUUUAAAUAUAUUGCUGUACAUUUGCAGCGCAAAGACCAUUCACUCUCUUUGACUUUGAUUGAAAAAUAACCUGUGCACUGAGGGUGUAAUGAACUGUGUUUUUCCCAGCUUUUGUUAAGUACUGUUUGGUUCUUUAACCAGCGAAAACGCCCCCAUCAGUAGGAAAAUAAAUUGAAAAUAUUUUUUAACUGUGUUAUUUUUGAGGAUAAGACCAUUCAGGAAAAACUUAAUUAUAAGAAAACUGCGCGAUCAAGGACGUGACUUGUGGGAGUUACAGGAGUGGCUUUGCGCAUUCCAUUUUUUUAUUAUACGUAUUGAAACUGAAGGUUCCGGAAACUUGCAUUUCAUUGUUAUAAUUAGCUCAUUUGUGAAAGCUUAUGCUUCUAUUGAAAGUAAAAUGGAAUCUCGAUUUUAAUUUCAUCGCGCAUUUUUGAAAAACCGGAAAACUCAACAUCAACAGCCUUUUUUAAAACCAUUGACAAAUGACCUGCGAAAACUGAGCAAACGUGAAUUUUGUAACCUGAUCAAUAACGUUAUGUACUUACUAAUCACCUGAGAACAACGUUAAAAGCUUUAGCGUUUUCUAAUAAGUAAAUUGCAUUUUCUUUUUCUUGGUGCACAAACUUCCCCAAUUAAUUUUUCUUAUAAUAUACAGGAAAACCGGCCACAUAUUCCCAAACCAUUGAUCAUAGCAGUCAUAGUAAAGUUCUACAAAUGUUUCAUGGAAGGUUUCAUGUUUUCAUUUUUGUCUCAGUAUAGUCAUUUCAAAACUUUACUUUUAUUUGGUUAUAUUUCUUUUGUGUCUUUCCCUUUAAAAUGAAAAAAAAAACAAAAAACAACAACAACAGCAACAACAACAAAACCUAAAAAAAAGGAUCAGGUUUUUAAUAUUGGCUAGCGUUUUUUGGCCGAUAUAAACUAGAAAAAAUUAAUUAAGUCAUCGGCUGGGAAAUUGGCUCCUCAGUUAACUUGGCUAUCUUCUGGUAUCAUUGUGUCAAUAUAACCGUUUAAUCUGGCUUUACAACUGUUGUAAAUAUUAGUCUUUUAUAAAAUAAGCUUUAUAAGACGUGUUUUUAGUCAAGUCAAGAUUUUUUUUAAACUGACUGGCGGAUUUUUCUAGUGACCAAGCUGCGUUUUUUUAGCGCGCGAGUGGCAAGAGACAUCGCGCGGUGAAGACGAUCCACUUCGUGCAGUCCGGGAAAAAGGGCACGUGAGUUUCGCCAUAGUCUUUCAGUGCUCCGACAAAGUUCCAUUUUUUUUCAUAAUUAUUCGAUUUAGCAUAAUGGCAGGUAAUUCAAUUUUAACAUGGCUUUGAACUCAGGUCACGAAUUCCAUGCAAGCUGGCAUGAAGCUCAUAAACUAACUUUACGAGAAAAUAUACUUUGUGUUAGAUAGAACCCAUCUUGAGUCUUUUUCUGUUCCAGUAUCAGAAACGAGCCACUCAGCAGUGUAGACGCGCUUUUAAUCUUUAGAAUGAAAAGAAGACCAUCAGUAUUCCCGACGCGUGUGCGUGUAUAUUUUGAUCCAUUAAUAUGAUCUCAACAUGCAAGCCAAAUGAAACUUAUAGGAAAAAGUCAUUAGAAUAAUGAUAAAAAUAAAACAAAUUUGAAUAAUAACCUGAAAAAAAGUCUUCGAAUGAAUAUAAACUCAAUGCACCAUCGCAGUUUUUUUACUGGGCAAUGUUAUUGCCGACGCUACAUAUCAACGUAGAAGAAUACUUCGCAUUUUCGUCUCAAAAAUUCAAAAAACCUUAAUUAAAGUCAGGCCGAAUUACUUUUCUGUGUUAUGUACUUUUUAUAAACCUACUAGCAAACUGGCAAAAUGAUUUCAAUACGUACUCUCAAGUGUAUAGGUUUUGUGGAUUGUCAGUUGUUGGGGGAGCAUCUCUGUCUCACAAUUGAUUGCGAAAUUUUGGGAGUGUUGAGUGUUAUGCUUACUUUCGACAAGAGUAGACCCCACGAGCUAUAGACUAUAGACCUUGUCGCGGUUUUCGACGCCAUCUUGACGAGUAGGCAAACGCAUGAGAAAUUACAGUGAUUGUAUGAGAAUCUAAUGUUGAAUAAUUUCCGUAGAACGGCUGUUCUGAAUAAAUUAUGAUUUGUAAACUAAAGUCUCACUCCUAAGGAUUCUCCUGAAAAAAUUUGAGAGCGUUACAUGCACUAGAAGACCUAGAACCACUUUUUAAAAUUUUCUAUACAUUUGUCUGUAAGAAAGUCCCGGGAAGAUUACAGACAAAUAUAUGGAAAAUCUAAAGCAAGCCUGUGGAGAAAUUUAAGCACAGGUACGCCCCCAAAUACUUUUAAGACAAUCCUUUGCUUUGUCGCUUUAGUUUACAAUUGAUAUUUUGUUCAAAACAGCCGUUUUACGGAAAUUAUUCUACGUAAUUUCUCACACGUUUGCCUACUCGCCAAGAUGGCGUCGAAAACCGUGAUAAGGUCUUUUCAAGUCAGGUUAGACAGAUCAGAAACCUUGAAACGAACGUAAACGCGAUCGGUCAUAGUACGGUUUGGGAGAGUUUCAAGCUAAGCACCAACUGACAUGACGAAUCUUCAUAGCCAAUAACAUCACGGCUUAACUGACAGACGACCAAUAACAUCGCGACGUAAUUGACCAAUCAGGUUAAUAACCAGAGUAUAAUACCAUCAACUGACAUGAUACAACUCACUUUGACUCUGAACAUGACUACCGUACAGGUUGUCGAAAUGUCAGUCACUGUCAACAACAGCAGUCCCAUUCAGGACUACGUUCACUCGGACGAUCAAACUCAACCUACUUUUGAAAUGACUCCUGGGUUCAUACAUUUCACAGUUUCGUACGUAGAUAAGAAGUAAUUAACAUUACAACAUUUGCAACCAGUGUUUCGACCCCAUAUCUACAACUGGGAGUCAUUGGCAUUUAAAAAUGGCUAAAAUUUCGUUACAGAAUGGCAGUUAUUAUUAAAUUUCUUUCUGUGUUUAACAGUCUGUCUUUUUAAAAAAAUAACAAGACUCGUACGAGCGAACACCUAGCUCAUAUUUCAGGCCUAAUUUUCUUAACAGACUAACAUGUACACAAUCUUUUAUACCAGAUGGAACUUCAACGGACUGCUUUCCAAGUGUGCGGUUUGUCUGCGGGCCUGCUGUACCCUUCAAGUUAGAGAUGCCGUCCAAAGUGCCAAACGAGCUGCAACUCAUCGGUGCAACACUCCACUCAGGAACCCAUUACGCUGUACUUUGCAGUCAAUCAUCCAUCGCCAAGGGAACGCGGUACGGUCCUUACAACGGCUUGGUAGUGCAACCAUCAGAAGUAAGGAACAGAGAAGACACGGCCUUUAUGUGGGAGGUAAAUCACUUUAAUUUCGAAAGCUAGUUCUCUCACUAGACCGCGUAACCUGCGUGGCGGGCGCUGGUUAGUUUUUUAAUUUUGGUCAGGUUUCAUAUAGCGAGUGAGGGGAAAACACGCGAAGAGAAAAGGCUCGCGCGUGUGUCCACGAAAUUUCCCCCCUCUCUAACAAAACUGGCGCCUGCUACGGAGUUUAUAUACCGCGCGCCAAAGUCCAUUGCCUCUCGCGAGGAGAGGGUCAUUUCCAUGCAUCGUGUUUUUGAGUGCCACACACUCGAGUGUUUCACUCGCCCGCCCGUCUCUAAGAAGGAGUCUUGCAGUCUACACGUUUGGGCGCAAAACGCACGCCAAACUGGUUUGGAAACUCGGCCAAAGUCAUUGACUAAAAGAUUAAGUGAACUGUUUUUUGAUUGUUAUUAUGCAGGAUCGCAAGUACACCUUCUUUUAAUUGUCUAUUCAUGUAAGAUCAUACAGAAAGUAGAAAGAUUAGUCUUUUAUUUAACCACUAAUAAUAAACUUUCAAGAAGAGCAACUGAACAGGACUUUUACUUCGAGAAUCAUUUAAAAUGUAGUUCUUAAUUUUAAGGAUUACAAUCAUAUGAAAAUCGUGGCUAUCAGUGGUGUACAAGGUUACUAAGCAGCACUUUCAUAUGGUGCCUUUCAUUGUCCGCAAAUUGGAGCUCAACUUUUGCGUCACUUGUUCUCCUCUAGUAGUUCACAAAGGAUAUCGGCUAAUUUUCAAACUGAGUCCCUUAUGUAGGAUUUUAGAAAACGAAUGUUUGAAUUUUGAUGAAAAAGAAUGGAAUUAAAUCAAUGGAAAUUGCCGGGUCCGGUUCCUCGAAAGAUGGUUAAGCUUAACCCAAGAUUAAGCCAAAUUUUAAGCAAGGUUUUCUUGUCUAAGAACAUGCAUGUAACUCAUGGUUAGAAAAUAUACUUGAGCCUUAACUCUUUAUAGAUACAAUAAUGAUAACACAAAAUGUUUCUCUAGGCAAUACAUUGGAAGGUAAAUACAAAAAGUGGAACACAAUUUUAAUCCUGGAAUAGCGCUAAUCGGCCUUUCAGGAACCAGGUCCUGGACCAUAACAAAUACUCGAAAAUUCACAAUAUAAACGAUGACAAUCUUCAAAAUUCUUCUCAUGAUUUCGUCCCUUUGUGCUUUAAAGGUGUUCAAGGAAGAUGGUCUCAGUCACUACAUUGAUGCUCAAACCGAACCAGACAACUGGAUGAAAUUCGUUAACUGCGCAAGACACAUUAACGAACAGAAUGUUGCGCUAGUUCAAGAUGGCGAUCAGCUGUAUUUCGAGUGUUGUAGGGAUAUUUUCAGAGGCGAGGAGUUGUUGGUGUGGUAUGGAAACUCUUACUCUUUAUCCAUGGGAAUUCCGGUUGGUUUAAAUGUUGAUGAUAUCAAAGAAGAAGUGACACCUGAUCCGGAGUUCACAGGUAAACUGACCUAUGGUGUGUGUUUAUUUUUUUUAAUUUUUUAAUAUACAUUUUAAAGGAAUGAUUAAAAAGACGAAAAAAAUAAAAAUUAAACGAAGGAUAAAUUCGAGCCACAAUUCUAUAAAAUUAUCCACUCUGGACAUAUCGCUUUCGUCCGAAAAUAUCCGUACACGAGAUCAUUAACAGCGCUCAUUUGUGAGGUUUUUGAACUUGCUGCAACCUCGGACAAAACUGUUGAGACAGUUUCAAUCUAUUUUAUAACUUUGGCACCAUACUGCCAUCCCUUUAGACACGAAAACUAAAAUGCCUUCCCACCCCCUAUUCAAAGUUGUUUGGGCGGGUCUACAAACCUUCGUGUUAAAAAUUCUCGUGUUAUCCUUAACAGCAUUGGAUAAAUAAGGGAAGGGGGAAAAACAAGCAUUCACUUAACGACGGGUUCCAUUUUUGCCAGGAAUGACAGGAAAAAGAAUUGGUACUUUUGCGGUUUUGUCCGAGGUUGUAUUGUUUACCGUCUUGGGAGGUCAGACAGGAUUAUUGUUCAACUAAUGUUCCAAACUUGUUUUUUUGUUCCGCCUUUCCAGGGUCGUCAGGAGAGUAUAAAUGUGAACGGUGUGGUAAGGUGUUUGCCUAUAAAUACUACCGAGACCGUCACCUGAAAUACACGCGCUGCAUUGAUACAGGAGACAGGAAGUUUCCAUGCAGCAUAUGUAACCGCUCCUUUGACAAGCGGGAUCGUCUACGCAUCCACGUGCUUCAUGUCCACGAGAAGCACCGUCCUCAUGAAUGCACGGUUUGCGGGAAGCGUUUUUCUCAGUCUUCCAGUCUUAACAAGCAUAUGAGAGUACAUAGUGGCGAAAGACCGUAUAAAUGUCCUCACUGCGUUAAAGCCUUCACGGCGUCUUCCAUUCUGCGUACCCACAUUCGUCAACAUAGCGGGGAGAAGCCAUUCAAGUGCAAGCAUUGUGAGCGUGCGUUCGCCUCGCACGCCGCACAUGAUAGUCACGUGCGACGCACGCAUACGAAAGAGAAGCCUUGCGUGUGCGAGUACUGCGGAAAGGCUUUUGCGCAGUCAUACGAACUGAAGUUUCAUAUCAAUAUGCACACUGGAGCCAAGCCUUACACCUGUGAGAAAUGCGGUAGAGCGUUUUCAAGCCCUUCAUCCCGUGACAGACACCGUGCUAAUUUUGACUGUAUGACGAGAAAAAACCGUGCACCGAAGGUCAUGCGCAAGAAUCCAUUAAAUGGUUCGCAAGUGCUUGAAGCUAUAACUGCUUAA